AUGGCGCAAGUGGGUACGUCGCAUUGUUGCAGAACAGACGUCGGAAAGGACGAAGAGAGCUACAAGCAUAUUCUCACAGCCCUGGCAGAGAACACGAAAGUUUUGGACCAACUGCCGCCAGUUGUGCUGACGCUUGUUGGGGAAGCCACCGCAGACCGCAAGACGUGGCAACAAUCUUUGACAGAGCUUGGUAAGGUCAAGUUUACUGCAACGCCGGAGCGAGUGAGUCGAUUUUCCGAGGUCGUGGAGCAGAGCCGGGCCGCAGCCAAAGCAGAUGUUCUGGAUGGACAGGUCAGGGGAUUGCCAGAUUUCGCAACGUUCGCGGAUCAGCUGAAGAGGCUGGCUUCUGACACCGUGCCGGGGCCGGAUGAAUUCUUAGGCAAGUCGUGGAUUUAUGCACCUCAUUGGAUGACACGCUGCAUCUAUGUUCUGUUCUGCCGAAGGUGGAUGAACAUCGAGUGGGGGGAAUCAGAAGUGGCUACGUGGAAGGAGUUCGUACUCAGAGGAUUCAAGACAGUCUCCCAGCCGACAUCCUUCAAACAAUAUCGUUGGUUAGGGUUGAUUGAUCAUUUAUUCAAGUUGUAUUCUGCCACGAACCAUGCUGUCGUGGCGCGCUGCGUGCGCAAACCUCAGCGUGCGAACAGCUACGGCUAA